CCCAGGCCGCGCCCCGGGGGAGGCGGAACCGCGGGGCGCCGGGAACCCCUGCCCAGCCCUUCGCUCUCCAGCCGCGUCCCCCUCCGGCCUCCCAGCGCGUCCGCGGCGAUGGGGGCGCUGCUGGCGCUCUGCCUCCUCUUGGGCUGGCUGCGCGGGGGUCCGGCAGACGCCCAGCAGUCCGGAGAGUACUGCCACGGCUGGGUGGACGUGCAGGGCAACUACCACGAGGGCUUCCAGUGCCCGGAGGACUUCGACACGCUGGACGCCACCAUCUGCUGCGGCUCCUGCGCGCUGCGCUACUGCUGCGCCGCGGCCGACGCCAGGCUGGAGCAGGGCGGCUGCACCAAUGACCGCGGCGAGCUGGAGCACUCCGGCAUCACGGCGCAGCCUGUCUACGUUCCCUUCCUGAUCGUUGGCUCCAUCUUCAUUGCCUUCAUCAUCCUGGGCUCUUUAGUGGCUGUUUAUUGCUGCACCUGCUUGAGACCGAAGGAGCCCUCGCAGCAGCCAAUCCGCUUCUCGCUCCGCAGCUAUCAGACGGAGACCUUGCCCAUGAUCUUGACCUCCACGAACCUCAGGGCACCUUCCAGGCAGUCCAGCACAGCCACCAGCUCCAGCUCCACGGGGGGCUCCAUCCGAAGGUUCUCCUUUGCCAGGGCGGAGCCAGGCUGCCUGGUGCCCUCACCCCCUCCGCCGUACACCACAGGCCACCCAAUCCACCUGACCCAGCCGUCUGGUUUCCUGGUGUCACCCCAGUACUUUGCUUACCCGCUCCAGCAGGAGCCCCCGUUGCCCGGGAAGAGCUGUCCAGACUUCAGUUCCAGUUGACAGGCCACAGCUACAGGUCCACCAUGUAGUGCAAUGGCAGACCCCUGGACGCUGCUGCUGUUGCCACCAGGAUUUCUGAGGAAAUUUCCCUUGAACCCAGCAACGUCGUGGAGGAAAGCGCCAGGACGAUACAGCACCAUCUAACCUUGAGGUUCCUGGCUCCAGUCACAGAAUGGCCGUGUUAGAGAAUUGCUUUCUGGCUUUGAAAACAUGGUGACUGUUGCAUUUCAAUUUAUGCGACUUUUAUUCAAAAGAGGCAACAGUCCGACUUUAAAAUUACAAAUUGGCUGAAGAUGUUUUCUUGGACAACUCAGCUAACCUGCUUAGAAAAGGUCUACAUGUUCUUUUUUCAUUAUAAGUUUAGUGAGUGAUAAUACAAAUAUAUGCCUAAAUAAGCAAAAAAAGAUACCUGAUUGUAAUUAUUGAAGGUUCAACUUAAAAAUUAACUGCUAGGUAAACUGAGGGGACAGUGAACAACCUAUUUAUAAUUUGGGGAGCAACUAAGCCGUGAAUAAUAUUAGCAUUAUGAGAACAGUUACUUUGUAAAUUGGUAACUAAAUUUUGUUUAAAAUAUGAGCUUCUUCAGAAUACAUGAUUUCAAUAACCACAUGAGAAGUUUGUUUUAAAUAUUUACUUAGAUAUUCAUCGUAACAGAGAUCUUAUGUAAAAGCAUUUCCCCCACCCACCUGAGGGAGUAUUUAUUGCAGACUUUUUGUUCAGCAACAUUUAGUGUUUAAAUGAAAGUUGGACAGUUGGUUCUUAAAACAUUUGUUUGUAAAAUGAGUUAUGUACAAAUGUAAAGAUUUGUAAUUUAAUGUAUUUACCACAUUGACGGUACUAAUUAUUUAGUAGUCACACUGUAAUUUUUUGUUAAUAAUGUGUGGAGUUCAAAGUCCAGCUUUGGCUAUAAUCAGCUAAUAUUAUGUAUCUUACGUGCCACCGAAUUCCAUGUCUGAUGACUAAAUAUUUGGGCAUAUAUCCUGCUGGAUUAGAAUAAAUAAAAUGCUUUAUGUUUUCGUGAAA